UUGGCAUCAUUUGACAGCAUGUGUUGAUGGGAAGGUGGGAUUUCCUACCAUUCAGGCUAAGGGCUCGUUGGUUUGGCAUACACCACCUUUCUGCAAUCAGUGAUACAGCAUCUUUGCAGAAGGGCACAUCCGGAGGGACUCUUCAGGACAAAAUGGCCGACAAGAGUGACCUGAAAGCUGAGCUAGAGCGCAAGAAGCAGCGCUUGGCUCAAAUCAGGGAGGAGAAGAAAAGAAAGGAGGAAGAGAGGAAGAAGAAAGAGUUGGAGACACAGCAGAAGGCAGAGGUGGUCCCAGUGGACUCCGAUCUGGACCGCAAGCGCAGGGAGACGGAGGCGCUCCUGCAGAGCAUCGGCAUCUCCCCUGAACCCAACUUAGUGCCCACCCCCAUGUCCCCCUCCAAAAUGAGCACGCCCAGUGAGACCGGCAGUCAGGACUCUGUGGACGGGGGCACGGCUGGCAGAUAUAGGGCAGGCAGCAGGGGCUAUAGUAGGUACAAAACUGAGACAAAGAGUGAUACAAGGACCCUGCAGUGGGACACUGACCCCUCUGUGCUACAGCUGCAGGCAGACUCUGAGCUCGGGCGUCGGAUGCACAGGCUCGGGGCCUCCAAGAUCACACAAGUAGACUUCCUGCCCCGCGAGGUGGUGGCCUACUGCAAAGAGACCCAGACACCACUGGCAGCCCAUCAGUCUGAAGCAGAGGAAGAGGAGGAGGAUGAAGAGAUCACAGAGACUAAAGCUGGUCCAGAGUCUGAGCAACAGGAGGAAGAGGACCAGAAAGAGACCAAAGAAGGCCACCCUCACGAGCUCACUGAGGAGGAGAAGCAGCAGGUUCUGCACUCGGAGGAGUUUGUCAUCUUCUUCGACCGCAGCAUCAGGGUGAUGGAGCGUGCGCUCGCCGAGGACUCCAACAUCUUCUUCGACUACAGCGGCCAGGACCUGGAGGACAAGGAGGGAGACUUACAGGGUGGGUCCAGCCUGUCGUUUAGCCGUCUGUUCUACGACGAGCGCUGGUCCAAGCACCGGGUCGUCACCUGUCUGGACUGGUCGCCCCAGUUCCAAGAGCUCAUGGUGGCCUCCUACAACAACAAUGAUGAUGCCCCCCACGAGCCCGACGGGGUGGCCCUGGUGUGGAACAUGAAGUUCAAGAAGUCCACGCCUGAGUACGUCUUCCACUGCCAGUCUCCGGUGGUGUCAGUAGGCUUCGCGCGGUUCCAUCCCAACCUGGUGGUGGGCGGGACAUAUUCCGGUCAGAUCGUCCUGUGGGACAACCGCAGCCACCGGAGGACCCCAGUCCAGAGGACACCCCUGUCUGCCGCAGCACACACACACCCGGUCUACUGUGUGAACGUGGUGGGCACGCAGAACGCCAACAACCUCAUCACCGUCUCCACGGACGGCAAGAUGUGCUCCUGGAGCCUGGACAUGCUGUCCCAGCCACAGGAGAGUAUGGAGCUGGUGUACAACAAGUCCAAACCAGUGGCAGUGACAGCGAUGGCGUUCCCCACUGGAGACGUGAAUAAUUAUGUGGUUGGAAGCGAGGAGGGAACGGUCUACACGGCAUCUCGACAUGGCAGUAAGGCUGGCAUCUGUGAGAUGUUUGAGGGCCACCAGGGCCCCGUGACAGGCAUCAGUUGCCAUGGCGCAGUGGGCCCCGUCGACUUCUCCCACCUCUUUGUCACCUCCUCCUUUGACUGGACUGUCAAGUUGUGGAGCACAAAGAACAACAAGCCGCUGUACUCGUUUGAAGAUAACGCAGACUAUGUGUACGAUGUCAUGUGGUCCCCGACCCACCCUGCUCUCUUCGCUGCGGUGGAUGGCAUGGGCCGCCUGGACCUGUGGAACCUGAGCAAUGACACUGAGGUACCCACCGCGAGUGUGACCAUCGAGGGAGCGCCCGCCCUCAACCGGGUCCGAUGGGCGUCGGGUGGCAAGGAGGUGGCAGUGGGUGACUCAGAGGGCCGAGUCUGGAUCUACGAUGUUGGAGAGCUGGCGGUGCCACACAGCGAGGACUGGGCGCGCUUCGCCCGCACGCUGGUGGAGAUCCGUGCCAACAGGGCGGACGGGGAGGAGGAGGUCCCGGCCGAGUUGGCGUCUUAAGAGCGGGCAGCGCUGGCACCGGGGACAGCCCUCUCCACCCCACAACCACUGCUCUCUGUUCUUCUUACUCAGUGCUAAAACAGACCCCCCAGCACCUGGUCCACAUGUGUGUGUGUGUGUGUGUGUGCGUUGUGUGUGUGCGCGUGUGUGUGGUGUGUGUGUGUGUGCGUGCGGUGUACACGAUUUCCCCGUUGCUCUCUCCAAAUAUGAUUGAACAUCCGGAAUCAGGAGAAGCUGCAAGAGCUUACUGUAGUCUCUGUUGUCCUACUGUGCUGUGUCAGUUCAUUUAAAGGUUACAUGGCUGGGCCACCACUGUUGAAGUCAUGCUGUCUCUAGGCUGCAUUUAAUCACUUUACUGUAAUCAACUGUAUUUAUUGAUUUGAUUUAUUGAUUUGUUUGUUCGUUUGUUGGGUUUGCCAAAAUGCUAAUAGAACUCAACUGCAUUCGCCAGUAGAGCGUAAGCUCAGGCCAAAACAAUUUAAAUGUUAUGUUUUUAACAAGCAGCUAUGAAGCUCUGGGAUUCAUCCAAGCAAACAUGUACAAUUUUAUUAGCUGUCAGUUUAUUUCUUCUUUUCUUUUUUUUCAUGUGACAGACACAUUGUUAUAGAGAGGAAUGGAAGCAUGUAGGCAGAGUGUUGUAGUGUGUGUCGAGCGAAGCACAUGAAUUUGUGGCUCGGACUGUAGUGUCCUCUCAUGGUUUUUUUUGCCUGUGUUGUGUGCAUCUCUCUUUCUGCAUGAUCCUAACACACGGAGCAACAGAUACUACGCAAGACUACUAUGUACUAUAACAAAUGCUUUUGAUGUUAAUUCCAAGAUGCUGUCAGUGCAAAAAGGGACAUGGCAAUGACCUUGCUAAUAGCUAGUGGCUAAUGGCUAACUGUCGUUGUAAGCUAAAUCAGGGAACCGAUGAAAGGUGUCCUGAAUUUCUAUGUGUGCAGAACAAAUUUUCGGUCUUUUUGGUUUAAAAACAAAUUGUGAAAUGAUGUGAUGAUGGACUAAGUGCAAUAUGUGUUCGAGUGCUACCCUGUGAGUUACUGCCAAUAAAAUAUGGCAACUCCCAAUCCCAA